GCCGGCACCCAAUCUGACACAUUCACAAUGUUUUCUUCGUUUUCUUUUUUGAACAUGUUCGGUGUUCUAUUCACUGUUUUCAACUUAACUGUAGUUCAACCAUAUCCAAGUCAUAUUAUUAUCAAAUCAUUUGGGAACAAUGAAGAAGUAUCGAGAGUGGCUCUGAAAGCUAUGGAAUACACAUCUGAUCAUAUCAAUUCCAGAGACGAUGUACCGUUUAAACUUGCAUUUGACCACCGCGUAGUUGAAGAAGGCGCUGCUGUCUCGUGGAACAUGGUGAACGCAGUCUGUGAUGAGCUUAAAGAAGGUGCAAUGGCAUUACUUUCAAGUGUUGAUGGAAAAGGAAGAGAAGGUAUUCGAGGAGUAUCUGAUGCACUUGAAAUGCCUCUUGUCUCACUGACCGCUCUAUCAAAUGAUGACCAUCAACAACAACAAUUCGGGAAUCUUUUCGAAGUUUCAGUGAGACCUCCAAUUAGUGAACUGCUAGCUGAUUUUAUUGUUCACAAAGGAUGGGGAGAGGUUCUGGUUUUGAUUGACCCAGUACAUGCAAGCCUCCACCUACCAUCACUUUGGAGACAUCUUCGUACUCGAACCAAUACUUCUGUCAAAGCGUCCAUGUUCGAUUUGCCGGCUGAUGAAAAACAGUUUGAAGCGUAUUUAAUGCAAUUUAAUAUGAUGAGAAAUAAUGAAACAAAUCGAAUACUUAUCGAUUGUGCAUCUCCGAAACGACUCAAGAAACUUCUAAUUAAUAUUCGCUCGGCACAAUUUAAUCAGGCUAACUAUCACUAUGUGCUGGCAAAUUAUGAUUUUCUUCCCUACGACCAAGAGAUGUUCCAAAAUGGAAAUAUCAAUAUAUCAGGUUUCAAUAUAAUCAAUAAAGAUGGAAGAGAGUAUUGGUCACUAAAGAAACAUUUGAAGACGUCAUCUUCAUUAGGAGGUGGAGAUGAUGUUAGUGUUGAGGCAGCUGUUGGACACGAUGCAAUGUUAGUUACGUGGCAUGGAUUUGCAAAGUGCCUGCAAGCGAAUGAUUCAUUGUUCCAUGGUACAUUUCGACAUAGGAGAUUUUUCAAUCGUGGAUUUCCAGGAAUCUACUGUGAUCCUCUUUCUGACCGUUCUCAUCCAAAUCGACCUUUCUCUUCAUUUGAGCAUGGAAAAACAAUCGGAGUUGCUUUUAGAAAUAUGAAAAUUGGACACAAAGAGGGAACAUUAACUGGGAAUAUCGAAUUCGAUCGUUUUGGAAAUCGCAAGAACUUUGAUGUAUCCAUAGUUGACUUGGUAUCAAAUACAAAAGCAACUUUCAAUUCAAAAGAAGUAUUAGCGUGGCGACAAGGUGUUGGAUUCUUCUCAAAUCGAACAGUUGCUCAACAUUCGAGAAAGAGUCAAAAUGAUCAUAAGGAUAAUCAAGUGAUAGUGCUCACGAAUCUAGUUGCUCCAUUUGUGAUGAUAAAACGAGAAUGUUUGGAAAUGGCAAAUUUGACAGAAUGUCAGGGGAACAAUAAGUUUGAAGGAUUUUGUAUCGACUUGCUGAAACUGUUGGCUGACAAAAUUGAGGAGUUCAAUUAUGAGAUCAAAUUAGGAACAAAGGCGGGAUCAAAACAAGCUGACGGAAGCUGGGAUGGAAUGAUUGGAGAACUUCUGAGUGGAAGAGCCCAUGCUGUAGUUGCAUCACUUACAAUAAAUCAAGAAAGAGAACGAGUCGUGGAUUUUUCAAAACCAUUUAUGACAACUGGAAUUUCAAUUAUGAUCAAGAAGCCUGACAAACAAGAGUUUUCAGUAUUUUCCUUUAUGCAACCGCUUAGUACAGAGAUUUGGAUGUACAUCAUAUUCGCGUAUAUUGGGGUGUCAGUAGUCAUCUUUCUUGUUUCAAGGUUUUCACCGUAUGAAUGGAGAGUCGAGGAGACUUCCAGAGGAGGAUUCACUAUUUCCAACGAUUUUUCUGUUUAUAAUUGCUUAUGGUUUACACUAGCAGCUUUCAUGCAGCAAGGAACUGAUAUUUUACCAAGAUCAAUUUCGGGUCGUAUCGCAUCUUCUGCUUGGUGGUUUUUCACAAUGAUCAUCGUUUCUUCUUACACUGCUAACUUGGCUGCGUUCCUAACACUUGAAAAAAUGCAAGCUCCUAUAGAAAGUGUUGAAGACUUGGCGAAACAGUCGAAGAUUAAAUACGGAAUUCAAGGUGGCGGAUCGACAGCUUCUUUCUUCAAAUAUUCCUCCGUUCAAAUAUAUCAGAGAAUGUGGAGAUAUAUGGAAUCGCAAGUUCCGCCAGUUUUUGUGGCUAGUUAUGCGGAAGGAAUUGAAAGAGUUCGAAGUCAUAAAGGAAGAUAUGCAUUUCUUUUAGAAGCAACUGCAAAUGAAUAUGAGAAUACAAGAAAACCAUGUGAUACAAUGAAAGUUGGAGCAAAUCUCAACAGUAUCGGAUAUGGAAUAGCGACACCUUUCGGCUCCGACUGGAAGGAUCAUAUCAACUUGGCAAUUUUAGCCCUCCAAGAACGUGGUGAACUGAAAAAGUUGGAAAACAAAUGGUGGUAUGAUAGAGGACAAUGCGAUGCGGGUAUUACUGUUGACGGGUCAUCUGCUAGUUUGAAUCUAUCAAAAGUUGCUGGAAUAUUUUAUAUUUUAAUGGGUGGUAUGGUCAUUUCAAUGUUGGCUGCACUCGGGGAAUUCUUGUAUCGAAGUAGGAUUGAAGCGAGGAAAUCUAAUUCCAAUUCUAUGGUGGCGAAUUUUGCGAAAAAUUUGAAAAGUGCAUUGUCAUCUCAAUUAAGAUUAUCAGUCGAAGGAGGUGCAGUUGCACAACCAGGAUCUCAAUCUCAUAAUGCAAUUAGAAGACAACAGGUAGCUGCAUUCUUGCCUGCAAAUGAAAAAGAAGCUUUCAAUAAUGUGGAUCGACCUGCAAACACUCUCUACAACACAGCUGUCUGAAAUUUGUUACUCGCUGAAAACAUUAUAUGCAAAUUUUUUGAUAUUCUUAUUUCCUUUACUUGUUUAUUCGUUUUGAAAUUAAAUGUAAAUUCU